AGACUCGGCCUGCCAAGAGGAAAAAUGUGCCACCGGCAGGGAGGAAAUAAUGCAGAAAUUGCAGGAUAUUAAAAAUUCGUGUUAUUUCAUCAAUGUUAAGCAAAAUAAGAAUGGACAAGGCGCGAGGAGUUUGUGUGAUUCCAGACUGGCCCACUCAGGGUUGGUAUCCUAUGGCUAUGCAAAUGCGAGAGCGAGAACCUGUACGUCUAAAGGCAACGGACAGAUUGUUGACCUUACCCAGCCACCCCACGGAACAACAUCCACUACAUCAAAAGCUAAACCUACUGGUAGUUCUAUUAUCAGGGAAAGGAUAAAACGACAUGGACUUACUUCCAGUACGACGGAUAUAGUAAUGGCCUCUUGGCGCACAGGAACGGCCAAACAAUACUCUAUCUAUUUAACCAAGUGGAAAACGUAUUGUGAUAAUGAAGGGGUGGAUAUGUUUUGUCCGGGUGUAAUGCAUGCUGUUGAGUUCUUGGGAUCGCUUUAUGCAUCGGGGUUAAGCUACAGUGCGAUUAAUACAGCUCGCUCUGCCUUAUCAACGAUAUUGCCAAUGGAAAAUGGAGUGACAUUUGGGGAUCACCCUCUCGUUAGCCGGACAAUGAAAGGAAUAUUUGAACUGAGGCCGGCGCUACCUAGAUACUCUGAGAUUUGGGACGUUAAUGUUGUCUUGAAUUAUCUAAAGAACCAAGGGAUUCCCGCGGCGUUAUCACUGAAACAGCUUACCUUGAAGUUAACAAUGUUGUUGUGUUUAUUGACUGGCCAGAGGUGCCAAACUGUGCAUAGCAUGGAUAUAAAAUACAUGCAAAAAAUGACUGACCGAUACCGGAUCACGAUACAGCAGAAGUUGAAACAAACCAAGAGUGGUAAGCAUAUCGAUCCUAUCGAACUGAUGGCCUUCGAUGAAGACCCCGGAUUAUGUGUCGUACAACAUUUGGACGAAUAUAUCGAAAGGACUGCAAAAUUGAGGGAUAAGCAUACGCAGUUAUUAAUUAGCUAUGUUAAACCACACCGUUCUAUCUCGAAGGAUACAGUGGCCAGGUGGGUCCGGGAAGUUCUUAAAUCGUCUGGUAUUAAUACGGAUGUAUAUGGUGCACAUAGCAGCCGAGCUGCCUCGACAUCGUUUUGUCAUCGAAAAGGAUUAGAUAUGGUGACAAUCAUGAAGUCUGCUGGUUGGUCGAAUAGUGGAACGUUUGCACGGUUUUAUGGUAAACCAUUAGAACAAUCUAAUUUUGGACAAACUGUCGUAGAAAAUUUAUCACUUUAAGUAGUUAACAUAAAUCUUUGAUGUUCAUGUUAUGUUAAAAUUAAAUAAAUACUCGGUUACGAGUAUAGUU